AUGACGCCGCUUCGUCCGCUGCGGCCGCGGCCACUAGCCGAAGGGCCAUCAAUUAACGUCCGACAGCACCCCGACUCCAGUGCCAAUCGCACUGCCGAAUCCGGCACCGGCGCCGGUCUUGGUCCCGGUCGACCCAGCAUCAACCUCCGCCGUCCUGCGCGGCAGCGGAAGGCCAAUAGCGCCUGCGACCCGUGUCGCAGACGGAAGACAAAGUGCGAUGGACGACUCCCGCGAUGCGUCAUGUGCGAUCAGCGUCCAGAGACAUGCGAGUAUACCUACACUGUCCGACAUCGCGUCACCCUCGCCGAGGUGGAGCAUUCAGAACGAGGUGGCCCUGCCGAGAUGCUCGAAUCCUUGCGAACGCUUCCGCCCAAACAAGCCCUCGAGUUGUUUCACAAACUGCGCAACGAGUUGCCCAGCCGUGGCUUGGGUCUGUCACGGCCAUCCGAUCAGCAACACCUCAGAGGCCUCCUCCCACCGACCCAGAACAGCAUCAAUUUCGAACUCACCAUUCGACACCCCGUCGCAUAUCCCGCCCUGUUCCCAGUGCCGUAUACGGACUUGACUCUCGGAGCCCUACUCAAACCUACGACGAAGCCUUGGCUGGAAGGGCGACAAGCUACGCUUUCCAGAGAAGUCUCUCCUUUCUCUGGUCCGUACCUGACUCCAGAGCGAGAUGCGGAAGAGAAUGUGGUGCCCAAGAGUGGUUCACCCGAUUCUACGGGGGUUGCCGUGCGCAGUCCACUAUUCGACGAACGUCUCCGUCUCCUUGACAUCACCAAAUGGACAAGCAUCCCCAUACCGAACGACCUCGCGAUCAGUAUUAUAUCACACUACCUUGAAAUUGACUACGCAGCUAUACCCUUGUUCAACGCCGACCUGUUUGUCCGAGACCUGAUCAAUCUACAACAUUUCUUUUGCUCCCCAUUUCUUGUCACUGCCGUCUUGAGUUGGGCGUGUCAAGCGUUCACGACUCUCCAUCCCGAUGCCGCCGCUUUUAGUGUAGCUCUUUUCGCGGAAUCCCAGCAGUAUUUCUCCGAUCAACAGCAGCCGAAUAGUGUCACGAGCAUUGCUGCGCUGCAAAUUCUCAGCAUGUGCGCCGUGACAUACGGCAAAGACGACAUGAGCCUCCGGUUUUUGCAAGAGAGCGUUAGGCUAGGUAAGGCGAUGGGCCUUUUCAAUGUUCAAUCCGAAGCCGAGUCAGCCACCGUCUGGCUGGGCGGUCAUGCCGAGUGGACGAGGGCUGCUUCUUACACUGCGUGGGGUGUUUAUAACUGGGUGUCGGUGUAUUCCCUCCAUUAUCGCGUCCAGGAAAUUCAUACGCCGCCCUUACUCCCAAUGCCCAGAGACUUGAUUGUCUUACUGCCGAGCGACGAUGCGUGGUCAGCCAAGACGGCUUUUCAUGCUCAAUCACUCAGUGCCGCCAGUGAUCUGUGGAUCAUCUUCAAAGACAUCCUAGAAAGAUUACACGAUCCUCAAUACCGAGGCGUUCAGCUAGAGUCUUUGAGAUUUGCAGAAGGGACGUACCAUCGUCUACUGAGCUGGGCUAGCGGACUCUCACUGGAAAUGGCGAGAGGCGAGGCAAGCGAUCAUAGUGUGAUGCUCUUGCACGUCUACUUCCACGCCGUGGUGACCGAUCUUUUCCGGCCAUGUCUCGCGGCUGAUUUCAAAUCGCAGCGCCUCUACUCCUUUAGUACAAAGCACGCCACUCCCGAAGCGGUCUAUGCGUCAUCCGUAACGCAGCUCAAGCGACUUCUUCUAUUAUACCGCCUCCGUUACAAAAACGCGAAUUACUCGGUCCUCUGGCAGACUGCGGUCGUGUACGUCGCCAACGCCAUGAUCCAGGAGGGAGGAGUAUCUUUGCCCCGAGCAGAUGGCCAAACUAGCAACGAAUGGCGAUUCUACUUGGACCUUUGUCUCGCGGGUUUGGAGGACCUUUACGCGUCGUUUCCAGUCUUUGGAUCAGUCGCCCAGGGUAUGGUCGGAAUGGCACUGCGACACUCGGCGAUACCGACGGAGAAGGCGGCGCGCGUCCUGGCGCAGCUGGAUGAGAUUGAUAGGCGGCACGCGGCUAUCAAAGGCAUGACUGACAAGACGGAGGCUCAGUGGAUUAUCGAUUUAGACUUGGCGACGACCGAUUUCGAAAGGGCUCGAGCCCGGAAUCUGGUCGAAGAGCUUCGGAAGCUGAUGGCUGAGCAGUCCGAAUCGGAGAAUGUGGGUUAA